CCAACCGAUCACCUGACCGAUCAGCUGACCAGUACGCGUAUCACUUCGGAGUUGAUCACUCGUCGCAGCUGUGUGGAAUGCUCACCGAAAAUCAACAAAAAGGGCCUGAAAUGUGUUGCUCGAAUCCUAGCCAAGGAAGCAGGGGUUUCUGAUCUAGCUACUCUUCAGGCUGCCAUUCUCCACGACACUGUUGAAGACACUGAUACGACUUUUGAAGAGAUUGAAAAACAUUUUGGAAAGGAAGUACGAGACAUCGUUGAUGAUGUCACAGAUGACAAGUCCCUCCCAAAGAUGGAACGGAAGCGGAGGCAGAUAGAGCACGCCCCCCACUGCUGCCCGAAGGCCAAGCUGGUGAAGCUGGCUGAUAAACUGUAUAACCUCAGGGACUUGGACCAGGAGAUACCACAGGGCUGGACCAAGGAGCGGGCCCAGGAGUACUUCCAAUGGGCAUCACAGGUGGUCCAGGGUCUCAGGGGCACUAAUAAAGAGAUGGAAGCAAGCCUGGAUGAACUUUUUGCAAAACAUGGUGUUGUAGUUGAAACAUAGACUGAGAUAUAGUGUCUCAAAUAUUCUAUUGUGAAAAUCAGCCGAAGAAGAGAGCUCAGGGUUACUUGUUCAUCAUUGAAAUCCCCAUUUUCCUUUUGCUAGUCAGGGAAUUUAAUAGAAAUGCAUGAAAUCACAAAAUAAAGUCAGGUUAUUUUUAUUGGUUUAAAAAUCAAAGCAGUCAGUCACCUGAAUAAAGCAUCUAGACUUUAAAAACAUGAUUGUGUACACUUACAGCGCAAAGGGAAUAGCCCUCCUUGCCUGCAGUUAUCAUGGAAUUUUGAGACUUGAUCAGAGAAAAAUCAGGGAGUUUUGGUUUCUUAACCCUAACUAACUUUGGCUGUUCUGUGGCCGGGGGGGGGGGGGGGGGGUUGAUUCAACCCCCCCUGAGAUCUCGAUCGCGCGAGCGCCGCAAAAAUUUGCACGCUGGUAGUGUGCGAUGUAAUCUACAAGGUUGUAUGGUAAAAUUUUCCAAAAUAAUGAGAUUUUAUUUAAUAUGAAUUAAUUAUGCUAAUUUAUGCAUAAAUCAUACUUUUUGCUCUAAUUUACUAAAUAAAGCUCCUAGAAUGCUAAUUUUUGUUAAAAAUAUUCUUUGUAGCAUUCUUAACAAUCGCAAUGGAAAAAACUUCGGUUUGGAAAUCAAUUUCUUAUGUAUUUUAUUGUUUUAAGAAUUUCUUAUGUAUUUCUGUGUUUUUCAACCUUUUGUUUUUCUUUGUUUUUUUCACCAGAUUUAUUGCACAACCUUUUUUGAAGCAUAAUUAUGCUAAAAUCAAUUGAUUUCAGCUGAUAAAGUAAAAAUAAUCAUAUCUUUAUGAAUAAGAUGAAAAAAAUCAAUUUGCAUUGACUUUGUACACAAAAUCACGUUUUGGAACAAUUUUUGGUCUGACAUGCACUUACGAAAUGUUGCGUAAUUUCGUUCACGCGUCCCCGGGCGUCGUAAAUUUGGUCUCAAAAGAUGCGCGAGACUUAAAAGUAUAAACUCUGAGUGGCGGGGUCAAAAAAUUUCGCGCGGUGGAAUGAUCGCAGAAAUUGUUGAGGGGGGGGUUGAUUCAACCCCCCGGCCUGUUUAGGGUUAAAAUGCUGGGAACCCUACAUCAAAGACUUGUGCAAAUCAAUGCAGUGAAAAUACCUGUAGAAUAUCCCAUUGUAAUAAUGGAAUAUGAUUUAAUUCAGCAGACUUUUUUACCAAUGCUGAAAAGCAUAUAUCUGAAUGGGAUAUCUCCAUAAUUGUAUAUGCAAGACAGCUACAUUUUUUUACAUUAAUAUAGAUUUGUCCUAUUUUCAAUAUGCAUUCCACUUGUCUUUCACUUUUGUCUCGCCCACCAGAGGUGAAGGCGAGCUUACGGGAUCCAAAUGUCAUCUGUCCGUUACAAACAUCAUAGCACAUAUCUUUGCAACAAGUCACUUUUCAACCAAACUUGGAUUAUAGAUGUACUUAGGGGACCUGCAUAUUAUGGUGCAGUUGCAGGUCACAUGGUAAGGUCAAAGGUCAUUGUGAGGUCAUCGUUAAAGUUUAUGUGCAAGACUUUCUAAUGAUACACAACUCCACAACUUACCGUAAGUCACUUUUAAAACAAACUUGGGUGGUAGAAAUACUUAGGAGACCUACAUGUUAUGCUACAUUCCAAGGUCACAUGGUAGGGUCAAAGGUCAUUUUCAGGUUAAUGUUAAAGUUUACGUUCAAGACUCAUAUGACAAAUGUUAUUCCAUCCCAGUUAUUCCACAAUGAACUUUUGAUACAAUUCUGUUGCAUGCCGUCACAAAUCGUGAUAUUUCCACAAGUGGGCGAGACACAACAUUGCUUAUGCCUUGUGAUACAUUUUUAUUAUAUAUAUGUAAUUUAUUUUUAGGACAAUACUAGAAUUAGAAAUAAGCACUAUUCAUGUGACUUCUUCAAUCAUUCUUUAUCAUAAUAAAUGUCGAAAUGUAGAGAAAUCCAGUAUUUAUUUGGUAUCCUUUACUUGAUGCUUAAGAAAUAUUCAAAAGAAAUAAUUAACUAAACUCUUUCAACUUGCAAAGUGAUAGAAUCACAUAAGAAAUAAGAUAUUUAAGUCUUUUCCAUUUUUCAAUUUACUAGUGAAUGAAUUAUCACUUUUUACUUGUUAAUACUGUUUUUCAUUUUCCCAAUACAUUAUUAGAAAUUAUCUGUA